AGUUUAUAGUCUACGUAGGAUCUGUACUUUCUUUCCUUUUUUUCUCUGUCAUUUCGCGCUGCCCACGUCCAUAUACAUACUGAACUCGCCCAUCAAACCGCCGUUGUGAAGCAACAGAGCCACUGACAAGAAUAUAUUGGUGGAAGAAAGGACCGAGUAAUAUGGUACUGCGGCUGAUAAUUGUACUAUAUACAUCCGAAAUAUUGCAGAUCGCGGCAUCCGGUGACCAGAAGCACAAAACCCCUACCGUGCAGCAAGAACCUGACGGAGAAUCUUUAAUUCCACGGGUACCUUUACAAGAUGUUUUGCCGUUUCUUCAAACUUAUCAGGACAUUCAUCUACAAAUGAUUAACCUAGACGAUUGGAAUAAUCUUAGAUGCGAAUGUGUGAAGUCUAGGUUCCAAGCAAGACAUAACAACGGAUGUGAGAGGACGCUGCACUGCUACACGUGGGUGAAGGUCUCAAUGGGAGAGCGGAUGGUAAAAGAAGAAGGCUGGGUUGACUUCCAAGCUGUUGAGGUGGAUGGGUUUACGAGUGUCGAUCUGAAGAGGAUAGUAGGAAUUUUGCCAACGGAAGAUGCACCAGAAGAGCUUCCUCACUCCUACGUUGUGGCGAAGGUUGCUCAAGAUUGCCUGCUUGUCACAUAUGGUCAAUCAAGUGAUGGACAGCAAAAGUGCCUGCUUUGGGGAUUAUCCGGAAGCCAUGUUAGCACUGACACUGAGUGUUAUAAAGCCCUCAAAUCAAUUUGCCCUGAUGACAUGUACGAUAUGACGGAAAGCGACGGUCCGUGCCUGCAAUACGAUCGUCACGAAGACAGCCGUAACAAUAAAGGACAGGAGGAUGAAUAAACCCAUUAACACCAUGCCCUUGUUCAAAAUAAAACAACCUUAUCAACUAUCACGACUUUCAAGCGCAUACAUAAUUCCUUUAGCGGCACAUGGACAGAUGCCUUGAACGCUGGGUCGCGGCACAUCGUUCUUAGCCUGUUUUUUUUUUUCUAUUUAUUUUACUACUAUUUAUUCUUCUCGCAUCGCGAACUGUGCUUUUCGAGGUACUUUACCUCAUUCUUUCUGCAGCAGCCUAUUAUCAGCCAGAACAUAACGACAAACGUACUUUCUGCAACGACAUUUGUGCAGGUGUUGCUAUCGCGAAAUGAGAGUAUGCUGGCCCAUAGGGCGCGCGUGCAGCUCGGCUGCACACGGCCUUCGCACGCACCACCGGCACACAUCGCUUUGCGAAGUCUAUUGCCCCGAUCUAGUUUGCGGGGCGUUGUUUACGCGGUGUACAAGACACGAGCCGCACUUUCCUUUACUGUCUCACGAGAACGCGGCGCAUGCCGAUGGCGCGAUGUGAUACGAAGUUAUGCAGGCGCUCCCUCGCGUAAAAAAAAAAAAAAAAAAAGUACACGGAACAGCUACACCUCGACGUGGCGUUCCUGUUAGUGGCGAGAACUUGGAGUGGCGCCCUCUCGUGAGUGACGUCACGGCCAGGACGCCGCUCCCUCCAGUUCACUCGGUUGCCGCGUGCGCUCGUUCCCUUCGUGUAUGCUUGGGGUAUGGGUAGCUCGAGCCGUACUUAUUAAACCAUAUGUCGGCUUCUUUCUGCCACCAUGCCUGAACCACAGUUCCUUUUUCAAUAAAGCUUGAGUCGACAAAAUUUGCGGCUUGUAUAUCGCAAGCUAUGUAGCGUUGAAGAAGUCUACAGGUUCUGCAAUGCAUAUAUG